UCAGUACUUAAAAGGCCCCCACAAUUGAUUCACUUGCAAUCAACCAAUGCCUGUAUCUCUUAGCAUUGCUUUAUUCUUCCAGUCUAUUAUGGCUUCAGCAACUUUUGUUGGCUUCCUCCUAUUUCUCACUCUCCUACACCAAGUUCCCUCCAAGGCUUUGGUAUUUGAAGGAUUCAGUGAUAACAAUGAACUCAUUCUUGAAGGAUCUUCCAUCAUUAAAACCAGUCGUUUACUCAAGCUCACCAACAGCUCAACCAAUAUUAUAGGCCAUGCAUUCUAUUCCAUACCCUUCCAAAUGCUUGAUAAAACAAAUCAUUCACUCCAACCAAAUGCCCAUUCCUUUAGUACCUCUUUUGUUUUCUCAAUUGUGUCGCCUAUUUCUGGCUCUGGUGGCUUUGGCCUUGCCUUCACCAUAGCACCCUCAACAAAAUUUCCUAGAGCUGAGGCUAGCCAUUUUCUUGGUCUUGUUAACUCCACCAAUGAUGGCAAUGCCUCAAAUCACAUCUUUGCAGUUGAAUUUGACACAGUAAAUGGUUAUAAAGGUGAUUCUGACUCUGAAGGAAACCAUAUUGGUGUAAAUGUAAACGGCAUGAACUCAAAAAUUACUGAACCAGCUGCAUAUAUUGAAGAAGGAACAGAUAAUGUAAAGGAUGAUUUUAGAAUGGCCAAGGUUGAUGCUGUCCAAGCUUGGAUAGAAUAUGACGGUAAAAAGAGAGCUCUGAAUGUAACAGUAGCUCCUUUACCGUUACCAAGACCAAGCAAACCACUUAUACACAAUCAUCACAUUGAACUUGACACUGUUAUGGAGGAAAACAUGUAUGUUGGUUUCUCAGCAUCAACGGGCAAGGAAAUAAGCUCUCAUUAUCUCUUGGGAUGGAGCUUUGUAGUGAAUGGAAUUGCCCCUUCACUAAAUAUUUCUAACCUUCCAAAGCCACCACCAAAGGAGAAAGAUCCAUCCUCAUUUCCUUGGUUCAAGCUUGCAAUUGGAAUCUUGUCUGUUUUGACCUUGACCUUGUUGUGUCUUCUAUUUUUGCAAACAUAUUAUAGGAGACACGUGAAUUUUGAGGCUCUUGAGGACUGGGAGAUGGAUUGUCCUCACAGGUUUAGAUACAAAGAUCUUCACAUAGCAGCAAAGGGGUUCAUAGAGAGCCAGCUGAUUGGAGUUGGAGGCUUUGGUGCUGUGUAUAAAGGUGUCUUACCUACCACAAAAGUUGAGGUUGCUAUUAAGAGGAUUGUGCGUAGCCCUUUUCAUGGUAUGAGGGAAUUUUCUGCUGAGAUUGAAAGCUUAGGAAAGUUGAGGCACAAGAAUUUGGUGAACCUUCAAGGGUGGUGCAAGAAAAAGAAUGAUCUACUCCUAGUUUAUGAUUUCAUUCCAAAUGGGAGUCUUGAUUCAGUCUUAUACAAUCCUAAUGCCAAUUUUGCUUUGAAUUGGGACCAAAGAUUCAACAUUCUCAAAGGAAUCAGUGCUGGGCUAUUGUAUCUGCAUGAAGAGUGGGAGCAAGUGGUGAUCCACAGGGAUGUGAAAACUAGUAAUAUUCUAAUAGAUGGACACAUGAAUGCUCGUUUAGGUGACUUUGGACUUGCAAGGCUUUAUAAUCAUGGUCAAGUAUCACACACAACCAAAGUGGUUGGCACUGUUGGGUAUAUUGCACCAGAGUUAACACGCACAGGAAAGGCAUCUACAAGAACUGAUGUGUAUGCAUAUGGGGUUGUGCUCCUUGAAGUGGCCACAGGUAAGAGACCUAUUGAAUCAGAUCAAUUUUUCUUGCUGGAUUGGGUUAUUGAAAAUUACCAUCUGGGUCAAAUUCUAGAGGUAGUUGAUCCUAGGCUGAAUUCAGUUUAUGAUGAGGAAGAAGCUGAAUUGGUUCUGAAGUUGGGUCUCCUAUGUACCCAUCAUAGAGCAGAUUAUAGGCCUACCAUGAAACAAGUUACAAGGUACCUUAACUUUGAUGACCUUCUUCCUGACAUUGCUGAUUGGAGACACACUGUUUCUGAUAGAAGCAGCGAGAGCUUAGGUUUCUUAGAAGCCACGUCUAUGAUAAAUGUUGCAACAUCAGAGUAUUUAUCCUCCAUUAGCAUGAGUACAAAGUCCAUUGAUUCUGGUAGAUAGCAAAUAAUCAAAUUAUAUUCCAUUUUCUACGUCCAUGUAUCUCUCUAAAUAUAUAUUAUGCAUAGU